AUGUCUGACGGUCCUUACGGUCGUCACGGUUUCAAUUCCAACGCUGGCGGCUACGGUGGCGGUGCCAGUUAUGGCAAUGCUGGGGCACAAGGAGGAGGCUAUGCCGCUCCAAGUUACGGUCAAAGUUAUGGCGCUUCCUAUUCUGCUCCUGCUCCACAAGACAGCGCAUACGGUUCUCAAUAUGGUGCCUAUGGCGGUGGUGCUACCAAUGAUUAUCAGGUAAAGGAAGACGACAAUGCCAAAGGACACAAGGGUGGAGGCCGAAAAAGUAUUGCAGUACAAGCGCUGAAUCAAAACGUACUGUUAUGGGCAGGAUUUUUCACGGCGUCGUUAUUCGUCUAUUUCAUGUUGUCGGGUGGGGACUUUUCUUUCCUCAUGACGUACGGUGCCAUGGCUCGGAUGUUUGGCUUUGGAAUCCUUAAUCUAAAGACUUUCAAAAGUCAAAGGGCAACUGGAGUAUCUAUCAAAACUUUGCAAUUGUACACCCUGGUCUUUUUCUUCCGCUUGACGUCGAUCAUUCGUCACGAGGGAUAUUUGCCGUAUGACAAGUCGGGCGACUGGUUGUACCAUUUGAUCGAGGGCAUGUCACUUAUAUUCACUGUUGGAGCAUUGUACGCAUGCAUGGUACCUUACAAACAAACGUAUCAAGCAGAUCUAGAUCGAUUUGGAGAAUUCAAUGUGCCAGCAGGAUAUGGAGCAGUCUAUUUGGCCGUUCCCAUUUUGUUGGUUGCAAUCUUUGUACAUCCCAACUUGAAUGCGGACUUCAUCAGUGAUACUGCUUGGACUUAUGCAAUGUACUUGGAGUCAGCUGCGUUGAUUCCCCAGCUAUUCAUGUUCCAAAAGCAAGCUUCUGGUGUGGUCGAAUUGUUGACUGCUCACUUUGUCGCAGCUCUCGGAUUUGGACGUGUCAUGGAAUUCUUCUUUUGGGUCUACAGCUAUCAUGAACUUGCCAACAGCUCAGGGUCCAAACUGCCUGGGUAUUUGGCUCUCUUUGCGCAGUUCAUUCAACUGGUUCUGAUGUUGGACUUUUUCUGGUACUACUACCUCGCCGUGAAGAAUGCUACUCCUUUGGUGCUUCCAUCUCAUACUGGUAUGGGCAUUGUGUAA